CCUGCGCGUAAUGGCAGCGCCGUGGCCUAGCGUCCAUCUUUACCGCUCUCUUGGACCUGUCACAAAGGAGUCGCACCGCUGUCGCUGUCCCCUCCCUCUGGUGGGCCUGGGAGCUAGAGAAAGUCAGUGCUGCAGCCCGACCGUGCUGCUCGGGGAAGUCCCCUGGACGCGGAGUGGGAGGGAGUCGGAGGGCCGGGGACGCCUGUGAGGGAGGGGAACUGCCGCUAGAACCUGGGGCGGAGAGACCGGACUGGGGCCGAGGCAGGCUCCUGGAAGGGGCCUGGGAGAGGGUGGCGUUGGGCAGAACCCGGGAAACAGCCGGGAGGUUCUCCACCAUCCACCAAGGCCCGCGCUGAAGGCGCCUGAAGAGCUUCCUGGAAGAGGGUGUUCCCCUUUUCGGGGGAAUCUUGCCUGGAGGAGGCUCUUGGGGUCACCCUUCCGAGGAGGCUGCGGCUAACGGAGCCCAGAACUCCCAGCAGAUGACCAGCAUUUCUCAUAGCUGAUAAUGUUGAAGAUCAGCCCUGCAACUUUGUUUGGCAUUCUUUUAUUAAAAACAAAGAGAAUGCAAGCUCCUCAACUCCAGAUUAUGAAAACGUUACUCGGAAAACUGAAAACUAUCUAAAUGAUUGUCUUUGGUUGGGCCGUGUUCUUAGCAAGCAGAAGCCUUGGCCAGGGUCUGCUGUUGACUCUUGAGGAGCACUUAGCCCACCUACUGGGGACUAGAGGUGCCACUUCUACCAUGGGUAAUUCCUGUAUCUGUCGAGAUGACAGUGGGGCAGAAGACAGUGUUGACACCAACCAGCAGCAGGCUGAGAACAGUGCAGUCCCCACUGCUGACUUGAGGAGCCAACCCCGGGACCCUGUUCGGCCUCCAAGGAGGGGCCGAGGACCACAUGAGCCAAGGAGAAAGAAACAAAAUGUGGAUGGGCUAGUGCUGGACACACUGGCAGUAAUACGGACUCUUGUAGAUAAUGAUCAGGAACCUCCCUAUUCGAUGAUUACAUUACAUGAAAUGGCAGAAACAGAUGAAGGAUGGUUGGACGUUGUCCAGUCUUUAAUUAGAGUUAUUCCAUUGGAGGAUCCAUUGGGACCAGCUGUUAUAACAUUGUUACUAGAUGAAUGUCCAUUGCCCACUAAAGAUGCACUCCAGAAAUUGACUGAAAUUCUCAAUUUAAAUGGAGAAGUAGCUUGUCAGGACUCAGGCCAUCCUGCCAAACACAGGAACACAUCUGCUGUCCUAGGAUGCUUGGCUGAGAAAUUAGCAGGUCCUGCAAGUAUAGGUUUACUUAGCCCAGGAAUACUGGAAUAUUUACUACAGUGUCUGAAGUUACAGUCCCACCCCACAGUCAUGCUUUUUGCACUUAUCGCACUGGAAAAGUUUGCACAGACAAGUGAAAACAAAUUGACUAUCUCUGAGUCCAGUAUUAGUGACCGGCUUGUCACCUUGGAGUCCUGGGCUGAUGAUCCUGAUUAUCUGAAGCGUCAAGUUGGCUUCUGUGCCCAGUGGAGUUUAGACAAUCUUUUUUUAAAAGAAGGUAGACAACUGACCUAUGAGAAAGUAGACUUGAGUCGCAUAAGGGCCAUGCUGAACAGCAAUGAUGUCAGUGAGUACCUGAAGAUCUCACCUCAUGGCUUGGAGGCUCGUUGUGAUGCCUCCUCUUUUGAAAGUGUGCGCUGCACUUUUUGUGUGGAUGCUGGGGUAUGGUACUAUGAAGUAACAGUGGUCACUUCUGGUGUCAUGCAGAUUGGCUGGGCCACUAGAGACAGCAAGUUUCUCAAUCACGAAGGUUAUGGCAUUGGGGAUGAUGAAUACUCCUGUGCAUAUGAUGGCUGCCGGCAGCUGAUUUGGUACAAUGCCAGAAGUAAGCCUCACGCACACCCAUGCUGGAAAGAAGGAGACACAGUUGGGUUUCUGUUAGACUUGAAUGAAAAGCAAAUGAUCUUUUUUUUAAAUGGCAACCAGCUGCCUCCUGAGAAGCAAGUCUUUUCAUCUACUGUAUCUGGAUUUUUUGCUGCAGCUAGUUUCAUGUCAUAUCAACAAUGCGAGUUCAAUUUUGGAGCAAAACCAUUCAAAUAUCCACCAUCUAUGAAAUUUAGCACUUUUAAUGACUAUGCCUUCCUAACAGCUGAAGAAAAAAUCAUUUUGCCAAGGCACAGGCGUCUUGCUCUGUUGAAGCAAGUCAGUAUCCGAGAGAACUGCUGCUCCCUUUGUUGUGAUGAGGUAGCAGACACGCAGUUGAAGCCAUGUGGACACAGUGACCUGUGCAUGGAUUGUGCCUUGCAACUGGAGACCUGCCCAUUGUGUCGUAAAGAAAUAGUGUCUAGAGUCAGACAGAUUUCUCAUAUUUCAUGACACAUGUGAAGAGGCAUCAUGGACUUAUUUCUACUCAAUUCCAGCCAAUGUCGAAAAGAAAAA